AUGCCAGGUUUUGUCCAAGGCCAGGGAGCCACAACCGGCGCACCAGAGUCUGCGGCGGGUCACUUUGGCCCCACGGCCGUCACUUCUACCUCCUUGCCUGGUCAGCCGGUUGAUGCUGCAUGUAUUACUACAGUCGCAUCGGGGCAGCCAUGCGUCGCUGAGAGUUCCCUUCCACCUGUAGCGGCGCAGCCAGGUGCACCAGCCGGUGCUCUUCCAUCUGCUCCAGGUCAGCCAGGUGCCUCCUCUGGUGCUCGGGCAGCUGGGGCUGGACAGCCAGGUGCAGCAGCGGUUAUGCCAGCAUCGGCUGGAAGUCAGCCAGGUGGUGAUCAGCCGGUCCCCGCUACAUCCGCCGUGCCAUCUGGGCCAAUUGGCCAUGCUCUGCAACCUCCAAACGUGCUUUACCUCGGUUCUGGACAGCACCACGCUAACGUGCAACUGCCGUUGUUGUCGCAUCGCCCCCUCGUUCAUGAUUCUGGAGCUUUCCUCGUAGCUGAUGAGGCGCUCGACAAUGUCAGUGGCCUACGUGGACACACAUCCGCCUCUCGUGGUCUGGCUCUAUCGGGCAUGCUCUCCGGUUUCGUGCAGGGGUCGCAAUCGGUACUGCCCUCCCCAGCAGCCUCCACUUCUAUGCCGCCCUCGACCCAAGGAGGCGAGCACGGCGAGGAGGCCGCCUCCAGGGGGUUCAUGGGCGUCACAAAAAAGCAGGGCAAGGACGAGUGGAUCGCAAGGAUCGUCGUGGACCGCUCAUCAUAG